AUGGACGCCUCUUCUCUGUUAGCCUUGCCGACGUCUCCGGCGCCGACCGGGCUCCAGAUCUUUGCAAUCUUCGUCAACUUCUUUUUCCCAGCACUUGCCCUCCUCGUUGUCUCUGUCCGCGUGGCAGGCAGAGCGGCGGUGAACAAGCUUGCUCUGGACGACUCGCUUGUCUGUAUCGCUAUGCUCAUGUCCAUUGCUGAGACGGUCAUAAGCUUCUUCUUUAUUAAGACAAACUUUGUCGGCAUCCCGGUGACGCAGAUUCCACCUCAUGACCCUACUCAAGGCCUGAUAUGGGCUUACGCCGUCCAAAUUCUUUACAACCCGAUACUGGCCCUUGUAAAGUCCUCGGUUCUCAUCUUCCUGUCACGGCUGUUCGGCCAGAAGGACUGGGUGCGCCGAUAUUUGCUCUGGCUCAACAUUGCCACCAUCUCACAAAUGGUUGCCGUCUUCUUCGCCAUUACCUUUCAAUGCUUUCCGAUUGCUUUUAACUGGGACCCUACCAUUAGGGGUGGCCGCUGUGUGGACCGCCGGGUUUUAUACAUAUUCAUAGCUGUGUUUAACAUCAUCACCGACGUGCUGAUCAUGGGCCUGCCAAUCUGGAUCUUCUCGUCUCUGAGGAUUCCAAAGCGCCAAAAGCUGGCGCUGAUGUUUGUAUUCCUUCUUGGCUUUCUCGUGACCAUAACAUCAGUUGUUCGCAUGGUACUCCUAAUCCAAGGUCUUUUUGGUCUAGCGGUGUUUACGGCGUCGUCCAACAAUAUCGGUUUUGUCACUUCAUCCAUCGAGACCAACCUGGCUCUCAUUACGGCCUCGGCUCCGGCACUCCGGCCUAUUUUCCGCUCACGAGAACGUGGCGGUUGGUUCUCGCGCACCUCAGUGGCAACGAGCCGCGCGACCCCGGCGGAUGUUGACGUUGAGACGGGCCAGAAAUCAGUCGGCUGGGACAGCACCCUCGUCGUAGGGAGCGGCGUAGGUGGUAAGUUUGGCCGCGGUGGCAGCCGGGGCGGUAGGAAAGGUGGCAACCGAAGCAUGCGGAACGCCUUGCGCAGCGGAGGUUCACGAGGCGGAAGCAAAAUCAAACCCAUUAUCCGUAUCAAAACGGAUGUCGCCGAACUGCGCAGUCAGUCACCGCGCACGAGCGAGGAAGAGGCGAUGACCAAUGACGGUAUCAUGCGCGUUAGCGACAUUCAGCGCGAAAUCGACGGCAUCGUGAAGGAGAUUGCCGUCUCUGGGGUCGGCACCUACACGGGCGAUAGCCGGCCGAGGACGCCCAGGACGCCCAAGACGCCGUCAGCGCGGCCGCGGCCGUCAUUGGAAACCAUUACUAUUGGAGCUAGCAUGAUAACGCCGCCCCGUCCAAGCACAAGCAGCGGGACGACGAGAUCCCCAGAGAGACAUUACAGCGAAAGCAUAUACCCAGAUCAAGGCAUUCGAUGGAGGGAUGACAGGGACAGCAAGAUUGAAGACGGCCGAAUCUCGCGGUACGGUGACCGCCGGUUUGGGGUAGUCACCCCUAAGGGGACAACACCGACGUCGAAAGGUUGGGAGGGAAGCGGACGGCCCUUCUAG